AUGUCAAAACUACGCGAACAGCCCAAUGAUCUCGCAAGGUAUGUCCAACUAGACAGUCUUCACGACCGUAAUGAGAAAUUGUUUUAUCGAGUUUUAUGUGAUAACAUCAAGGAACUAAUGCCUAUAGUUUACACACCUACCGUCGGACUUGCAUGUCAGAAAUUCGGAUUCAUCUACCGUAACCCUAAAGGACUGUAUAUAACUAUUAACGACAACUCAAUUAGUAAAAUUUAUCAAAUUCUCUCUAACUGGCCACUAACUCAUGUACAGGCAAUAGUGGUGACAGACGGCGAACGUAUUCUGGGACUUGGAAUCGUGGAGCAUACGUAUAGGUAUCCAGUCCGGAAAAAAACCUUUUUUUUUUUGCUCUCUAUGUUGCCUUGGCUGGCCUUUAUCCAUCAUGGUGUCUUCCAGUCCUCAUCGAUGUUGGUACGGACAAUCAGACGCUUCUAA